CAAGUCGUUUCAACUUUCCAACCGCACCGCUCGCCUCGUCCUCACGACAUCAUCACCCAUAUGCUGCUACCGCCGCAUCCCUGCCCCCUCGCGCGGCUCCGCGCCAGCUCCCCCUCCCUCGGCGCGCGCCUCCGCCCCUGUCUCCCGUUCCCGCCCUCUCCUUCCCAUGCUCCGCUCGUCUCCCGAAGCCCCCUUCCCCGAUGGCCUCCGCCGCUUCGCGCCCACGGGUCCGGCGAGCCCGUCCGCCGCCGCGCCGCCUUCGGCCUCGACGCGUUCCUCUCGGCCGCGGAGCUGCUCUGCCUCGCGCCGCCGGCAAUCUGCUCGGUGGUCUGCGCCGCGCGACUCGUCUUCUCGCCAAGUAGCGCCAGCGCGGGGCCGCUGCCGCUCACGGACGGGAGGCUGCUUGCCCUGCAGUACGUGCUCUUGGUGGGCGCAGUGGCGAUCGGGAGCCUGAUACGGCGGAGGCAGUCGGGGCGGCUUCGCCCGGCGACCGGUGCUGCGGAGCGGGUGGGGGUGGGAUUGGUGGAGAGGAUGGAGAAGGUGGAGGACAGUGUGAGGGGCAUGGUGGCGGCCGUUGGUGUGCUGUCGAGGACCGUUGAGAAGCUUAGCAUCAGGUUUAGGGUGCUGCGGAGGACAUUGAGGGACGCUAUCAGUGAGACAGCAAAUUUAGCCCAGAAGAAUUCUGAAGCCACUCGUAUACUAGCUGCACAAGAAGGCCUUCUUGAAAAAGAAAUUGGCGCAAUUCAAAAGGUGCUAUAUGCAAUGCAGGAACAACAGCAAAAGCAACUUGACCUAAUCCUUGCAAUUGGGGAAGCAAGCACGAUACUAGGUGGUGAGCAAGACAUGUUAGAUGGGGGCAGUGCUAGAUCUUCCAGCACAGAUCCAGCGCCAGAAAUAGAGAACAAACAGGCAAAAGUAAGCUCUGGAGCUGUUACAGGCCACAACAAACCCUGAUUCUAUCAUCUGAAAUGGAAACAAGAAGCAUACAGGUUAGGCCUUAGGUUUUGUUUUACCCAACAUUGAGAAACAUGGAUGGUUAGCUCCACGGCAUAAAUGAUAGAGCUGGUUUCGGCAUUUGGAUAGCACUCAGCGAGUACUGGCCAGAAAACUACAGAUUAUCAUGGGACUUGUACAGGUCAAGCUGGUGUGUUCACAAAAUUCCGUAAAGAGAUAUUUUUGGUGACCUAAUGUUUCAUUGUGUCAUUUAUUUCGACUAAAUGAUCACAUCACUUUGUACUACUACAUCCGAGUCAUUGAUGACAUCCAAUUGUUGGUUGAUACAGACAUCGUCGACCAAGGACUGAUUCCGUUCAGAGUUAACUUGUGGUGUAAAUGUAAAAUGUGUAAUGAUGUGCAAUAGUUCAGUGUUGUCAGUUUGCUUUUCAGGCAUUGACGCCUGUACCAAUGUACACACCUCAAACGCUUACUGCAA